UCUAGCGGAGAUUCUUCGAGAAGAAGCUUCGCCGCUGGGACGAAUCAGUUCGGUGAUACUGAUCUAACCGCCGCCGCUAACGGCGAUCCGGCGCGUAUGAGUCACGCGUUGUCACAGGCUGUGAUUGAAGGUAUCUCCGGCGCGUGGAAGCGGAGGGAAGACGAGUCUAAGUCGGCGAAGAUCGUCGUCUCCGCCAAUGGCGCUAGUGAAGGUGAGAACAAAAGACAGAAGAAGAUAGAUGAACUGAGUGAAGGGAAAGGUGAAGCUGGAUCGCCUGGAGGAACAGAGACGGAACAAAAGAAGCAACAGAUUGAACCAAGUAAAGAUUAUAUUCAUGUUCGAGCUAGAAGAGGUCAAGCUACCGAUAGUCACAGUUUAGCUGAAAGAGCGAGAAGAGAGAAAAUAAGCGAGCGGAUGAAGAUCUUGCAGGAUCUUGUACCCGGAUGUAACAAGGUUAUUGGAAAAGCACUUGUUCUAGAUGAGAUUAUCAACUAUAUACAAUCGUUGCAGCGUCAAGUUGAGUUCUUGUCGAUGAAGCUCGAAGCAGUGAACUCAAGAAUGAACCCUGGCAUCGAGGCUUUUCCACCCAAAGAGUCUGGUCAGCAGGCGUUUGAGAAUCCGGAGAUGCAGUUCGGGUCGCAGUCUACGAGGGAAUACAGUAGAGGAGCAUCACCAGAGUGGUUGCAUAUGCAGAUAGGAUCAGGUGGUUUCGAGAGAACAUCCUGAUAAAAGAAACAUCAACACUUGAUCAUCAUCUUACUACAAAUAAGAGAAAAUCCCGAGAAGAAAAAAAAGCAUACAUACAUAUACAUAUGAAUCUCAUUCUCAUUAUAGGUUUUAAAUAUAUGGAUGCGAAUAUAUAUACACAUCACAUUGUUCUAAAAAGAAAGCAAACAAAAUAGAAAAGAAGAUAUAGUUAGUUUCGACAUCAUGAAGAAAAAAAAAAAAAGCCGGGGAAGGCGCUUGUAAUAGAAAGAACGUUCUUUGCUAUAAAAUUGUAUCUCAUUCUUACGUAUUUGCUCAGGAAAUAAACUUAACUCAAUAGUUUGGAAUGUAUC